UCAUUCGGAAAGAUGGCUGCGCAAACAGAUAAUGGGAUCCCCUUGAGUGCGCUUUGUCCAAAGUUUCUGCAUACAAAUUCUACCAGUCACACCUGGCCCUUUAGUGCCAUUGCUGAAUUGAUAGAUAACGCAUAUGAUCCAGAUGUGAAUGCUAAGCAGCUGUGGAUUGACAAGACACUGAUUAAUGGUCAAACCUGUUUGACUUUCAUGGAUAAUGGAAAUGGAAUGGAUCGGGACAAGAUGCACAAAAUGUUGAGCUUUGGCUUCAGUGACAAACUUGCUGUGAAGGGCCAUGUUCCAGUUGGAUUAUAUGGAAAUGGAUUUAAGUCUGGUUCUAUGCGCCUGGGAAGAGAUGCACUCGUUUUCAGUAAAAACGGCACAAGCAUGAGCAUAGGCUUUCUGUCUCAGACCUAUCUUGCAGCCAUCAAAUCAGAGAAUGUGGUUGUACCUAUAGUAACCUACUACCUGGGCCAACGGAAGAGCAGAGAAGAAUCCCAGGCAAGUUUAAAUGCAAUACUGCAGUAUUCGCUGUUCAAUUCUGAAAGGGCACUCAUUUCAGAACUGGAAGCCAUUAUAGGGCAGCGUGGAACAAGGAUCAUUAUUUGGAAUUUAAGAAAGUCUAAUGAAGGGAAAACUGAAUUUGAUUUUGAUGCUGACAAAUAUGACAUCAGGAUCCCAGCUGACGUGUUGGAUAACAUAAAUGAGAACUACAAAAGGCAGGAAAGAUUGGACCAGACUGUUCCGGAGAGUGACUACUCAUUACGGGCCUACUGCAGUAUCUUGUACCUGAAACCCCGGAUGCAGAUUAUUCUCAAUGGACAAAAAGUGAAAACACAACUGAUUUCUAAAAGUCUUGCAUACAUUCAAAAAGAUACCUACAAACCAUCAUUUCUGAAAAACAAAAAUGUUGUCAUGACUUUUGGCUAUAACACAAAGAGCAAGGAGCAGUAUGGUAUUAUGAUGUACCAUAGAAACCGCCUCAUUAAAGCCUAUGUGAGGGUUGGAGGUCAGCUCAAGGCCAGCCACGAAGGUGUGGGGGUAAUUGGGGUUGUUGAGUGCAAUUUUUUGAAACCAACUCAUAAUAAACAGGAUUUUGACUACACCAAUGAAUACAGACUAACCAUGCAAGCAUUGGGUACUAAACUCGGAGAUUAUUGGAAUGAAACUACAUACAAACGAAAGAGAGAAGACCCAACCAGCAGUGUACCAUUAGAGGAUACAAAGAAACGCCCUGAUCAGAACUGGGUGCAGUGUGAUGGUUGUUUGAAAUGGAGAAAACUUCCUGAUGGCAUUGAUCCAGACAGACUGCCUGAAAAGUGGUACUGCCAUAUGAACCCCAAUACACAGUUUAGGAACUGCUCUGUAGAGGAAGAACCGGAAGAUGAGGAUGAAAUCCAUGUCACCUAUGAGAAAACCUACAGACAGGAGAAGAGUAAUAGGAUCAGACAGGAGCUAACUAGACAGCAGAUGGACGAAGAAAAGAGGAAAUCAGAAAUUAAAACAAUGUUUUCAAAACUCAGAAAAGAAAAAGAAGCACUGCAAAGGGAUCAUGAGGCCCUGAAGAGAAGAUUGAGUGAGAAUAAUUGCAGAAUAACAAUACCCAGUCAGAGCUUGUCUGCCGUUGCUGCUUCAGGCAGUAACAACACAACCUUGCAGAUCAUUGAUGUCCGAUCGUUGGCUGCUAUGAGAAGUCCAAGCAUUAAACGAACAAUGCCUGUGGACACCGGCGACCUGAAUUUGAAGAAGAUGAAAUUGAACGGAGUCAACGAGGAGGUGGAAACCUCCAUAGAAGACAAUGAUAUUGUUAUAGUUGAGACAAAGAGCACCCCAAAACCCUGUAGGAAGCUUGACAUUUCCAGGGUCAAAGUGGAACGCAUGGAUAGCCUGGAGCCCAUCGGCAUGCGCAUGGAAUGCUCCGAUGACAGCCACUUGGAGUCAGAGAAUGGAUGCCCCAGUGCCUCCUCUCCUCUGGAACAAUGCAUGUCCAUAACGACUCAAACAGAAGACAAACCCCACUUGAUCCCAAAAGAGGAGGACAAUCUUCCUCGGGAUGCUAUAGAGGUGAAGGAGAAGGUAAACAACGAUGAAGAGCGUUGGAAGAAAACCCUGUUGGCGGCUCAGGUGCAGCAGGAUGAGCUAUUAGUGCUAUUAGACACCACAUCCCAGGAAAGGGAUGACUAUAAGAAUCAGGUUCACACUUUGACAUGCCAGAUAACCGAUUUACAGACACGGCUUCAGGAAUUACAGCAGAAGUACUUGAAGAAAGAAGUCUGCCAUCAAUACACUGAGAUCGACUGCCAGAUUCUGGGAGAGAUGACAAUGCCAGGGUCAGACUUUUGCCGGCUGAACCAAGUGGAGAUGGCAAAAGUUUAUGAGCAAACACUGAAGGAGAUGGAGGGGUUGAGGGAGCAAUGCAAAGUGCAGCAGAUUGUGAAAGCUGAUUGCAGUAAAUGUGCUUUGUCAGAGAAACCUAACAAUAAUGAUGAUGAACUAGCCUUACAGCUAGAUGACCUGUUCAGACAGCUGGAUAAGUGUAUGCAGGAAAAUAAAGCAUACAAGGCUGAACUCGAGGUGCUUCAGCAGGAGAAAGCUCAGGUCAUGCCACAGUGUGAAGAGUUAAGGAAGACCAUUGAAAAUCUGAGAUCUGAAAAGCAAAAAAGUCACGAAAACAAGGGCUGCAGUUCAGCUAUGCCUGAGGGUGUCAUGGGCAACUCUGAAGAGAGUUGGAGACUAAGGUCCCUUCGGAUUAGCGUAGGGAAGUUGCUGGUGAGCUUUGUUCCAGCUUUGGAUUUGCAGCAAGUGAACUAUGAGAGUGAUGUUAUUGAUGAGAUUUUGGACCAGGUGCUGGAUCAAGUGACGUUAACCAGUUCAAUAUGAAAAACCACAAAGAAAACCAGCCACUCUGCCUUGCAGACAAAGGCAUCUCUUCUUUUACAAGAAGUGAUCUGUUUCUGUUGUUGUUGUGUUGUGUUUUUUUUUUUUUUUUUUUUUUGAGAAUUUAAACUGUUGUUAAUGAAUGUAAAUCAACCAGAGUGCAUUGUACUUUAUACCUUUUUGUUAUUUUUCUGUUGUGAUUCUGACUUAUCAGUAAAAUCUGAUUUGUUUUUUUUUAUUACUUCAGGUUUAAAUGAAUACAAACUAGUCUUAAGUUUUCUGAAGAACAUAAGAGAAAAUUGAAAUUGAAAAAUUAAUGUCUGAAUACAAGUAAUUCCUGGUAGACAAAUAUAUUGGCCAGUAUCUUUUCCAUGUCACUAAAAUAUUUGGAUUAGAUGCCAGAACUUUAAUUAUUGUUUUGUUUAUAUGUUGAUUGGAGAGGAUAAGACAAUUAACAUCUGAAAAUAACAGUACAAUAAAUUCAUUAUAGAAUGUCUGUAGGUACACAGAACAAAGUAGAAUGUCUCAUGGCAAAUUUCAUACAUUUUUAUUCUAAGAAAAGCUAUUUUUUAUGCUUUAUUUUAAUUGAUGCUGUAAAUAGAAAUAUUUUUAUAUUUAACUAGUCAUGAAUCUUCCAACCUGAAACAGUACAGAGUUUGAAACAUUUCAUUUGUAUUUCAAACAAUGCGGUAGAUGACCUUAUCUUUUCAAAUCCUCUACCUUACCAAUGGCGGUAAGGGCUUUCACGUUUUAAAAACAAGUUGCCUAAAGGAUGGUCAUUGUUUAAUAUAGUAUAGUAAUAUGUUAAAAAAAUUACUGCCACUUGGGUAUUUGUUCAUGUUAAACAAGUUAAAAUUUAAAAUGGACAGGUUAAAAGAAUAAAAUAAAAAAUAAAAAAUUACACCACAAAUGACCAUUAAGGGCACAUGUUUUGUAUAGAAAGACAAUGUCCGAACAUCAUUAAAUUUACAGUUACAUGCAUGCAGUUUAUACUGCAAUUAAAGGUACUAUACUGGAAAACAGCAUUCACAGUACAUUUAUGUACUGUGCUGUAUUUCAAGCAGUAAAAAAAAAAAAAAAACUGCAAACUGUCCACUUGCAACACUUGUUGGAUGUUGUAACUACAACUGUUUCUGACUUUAUAAAUGUGGAGAACAUGCAACAUACCAUAGCUACAAAAAACAAUCAUGUAAAUCACUUCAAGAUAAACUAUGAGGAUUAACCUGGCAAUUCUUCCCGUAUUAAUCCCUGUUUACAUUGUCUCAUGGUUACUCUGGUCAGUCCUGUCUGAUCCAACAGUAAAAUUUUUUUUUUUUUUUUUUAAACUUUGUUUGACCGUGUAAAGUUACUUUCAUACAAGUACAAUAGGUAUUAAACCACAUAGUUCAGGCUCGGAACUGAAAGAAGUUCUAUAACCAGCUGUAUUUAGUAAUGAAGUUGCUCUUUUGGUGUUCCCUCCUGCACAUUUACUGUUCUAACUUUUAAGAAUGUAGAAAGGGCAUGCCUUUUCUUUUUUUGUAUUCCUGGGACCACUUUCGUGUUUAAAAUGUGUUGCAUUAACAAAAGUACAAUUUCCAUUUCUUCUUUUAUACAUGUUCUCUUGAGCAUUUUUUUUGUUAAAUUUGUAUUCUUGGAAUGCUGUUCACCAGACUUGCAGAGACUGAAAAAAUACAUUGUACGUCUGUACCAGGCUUUUAAAUGUUAAAGGGUUGUGUAAUAGUUUUAUUUUUACAGGUUAACUGUAACUUAAAAUCUCUGUACAGCAAUUUAUUUGUAAAUCAGUGUGUUUUGAUUUUAUUGUGAUGUUGUUGUUAUGCCUUUUAUGUUUAUAAGAUUCUUUAUUGAAUUAAAUUAAAGGUUCAAGUGC